AUGAAUGCUGAUGAAGGCUUUGAAUUUCCUGUUCUUAGUUUGAAAGAUGUCAUAGGUAUGACAAAUAACUUCCACAAAUCAUUUAUGAUAGGACAAGGAGGUUUUGGCAAAGUUUACAAGGCAAAGUUAGAUGGCCGAGAAAUUGCCAUCAAAAGGCUCCAUAGGGGUUCCGAGCAAGGGAUAGUGGAAUUCAAAAAUGAAGUUAUUCUAAUUUCCAAGCUACAACACAGAAAUUUGGUUAGAUUUCUUGGUUGCUGCAUAGAGGGAGAUGAAAAGUUGUUGAUUUUUGAGUACAUGCCUACCAACAGUUUAGAUGCUCACAUUUUCAGCAGUACAAGAAAAGCAGUGCUAGAUUGGCCAACACGUUUUAACAUAAUCAAAGGGGUUGCCAGAGGACGUCUAUACCUUCAUCAAGAUUCUAGACUAAAGGUGAUUCAUAGAGAUCUCAAAGCAAGCAAUGUUUUGUUGGAUGAAGAAAUGAGACCCAAAAUAGCAGACUUUGGCAUGGCAAGGACAUUCGGUGACAACCAACAUAAUGAAAAUACGAAGCGGGUCGUCAGGACAUACGGCUACAUGGUUCCUGAAUAUGCACUCAGGGGCAUAUUUUCUGUCAAGUCCGACGUGUACAGCUUCGGUAUCUUGACUUUGGAGGUUGUAAGUGGUCAGAAGAUAAGCUCUUCCAAUCAAAUAUUGGAUUUUGAAAACCUUACUAUCUAUGCAUGGAAUCUAUUGAAGGAAGGGAGAGCAAAUGAUUUGGUAGACUCAAGUAUUGUCGAGAGCUGUACACCAGAUGAGGCUUUGCUUUGCAUCCAUAUCGGACUCUUGUGUGUGAAAGACAACCCCAAUAAUAGGCCACUCAUGUCAUCUAUUUUGUUCAUGUUGGAGAAUCGAAGCAUCACACUUCCCAUUCCAAAUAAACCUGCAUAUUUUCCACAUACAAAUAAUCAAGCAGAACAAAGAAGGGGAAAUACUCAAAACUCAAAGAAUAGUGUAACUCUUUCAGUUAUAGAGGGAAGUUAA